AUGCUCAAGGAACCCCGUUCUGACUCCGUGCCCCCGCAGCUCUGCAGCUCCACUUCCUUGUGCAUCCCCCAAGGGGCUAGUAGCGCUUGCAGCGUCGCUGACCAACUGACUGAAGAGCAGAUUGCAGAGUUCAAAGAAGCUUUUUCACUGUGUGACAAGGAUGGUGAUGGAACUGUAACAGCAAAGGAGCUGGGAGCUGUAGUGAGGUCUCCGGGGCAGAAUCCCACAGAAACGGAGUUGCAGGACAUAACUCAUGAAGUAGGUGUGGAUUGUAAUGGUACAUUGUCCUUCCCUGAAUUUCUGACAAUGAUGGCAAGAAAAAUGAAAGACACAGACAGUGAGGAAGAAAUUAGAGAAGCAUUCUGUGUAUUUGGUAAGGAUGGCAGUGGUUAUAUUAGUGCAGCCGAGCUUCGCCAUGUGAUGACCAACUUUGGAGAAAAGCUAACAGAUGAAGAGGUUGAUGAAAUGAUCAGGGAAGCAGACACUGAUGGUGAUGGCCAAGAAAACUAUGAAGACUUUGUACAAAUGAUGACAGCAAAGUGA